AUGGGUAAUGAAGAGAAGUUAUUUCGAAUGUCAUGUUAUCAUCAAGGAAAAGAAAAAUAUGGAAUAGUUUAUUCACAAGGCACUGGAUUAGCUCCCAAUCAGUUAUUGAUAAUUGUGGCGGACUCAAGUAGAACACAGAGUGAUAAAUGUACACAUGUUAAUGGUCAACUAGUUGACACCCAUCCAAGUACUGGAAGAGGACAAGACAUUGAGCCCUACUGUGGUAUUCCGAACGAACCAAAAUGCGCCGGUUAUGAAAACGGGGUCGGUAUUUGUGCACUGUAUCAACACGACAAUCAGUUAGAUGAAAAAUAUCAGUAUAUGGAUAAUUUGUUCCCUUUUAAUGACACACAAAAGAGGAAGUAUGGAGGCCAUAUGGCUUUUGACUACUGUCCAGUCCUCAUAGUUCAAUCGAAUGAACAUAAUAAAUCAUACCUAUGCGAGCAGAAAAGUGAAAUAAAACCAGAUUCAAUAUCAAACAUGUUUAUGGAAUAUAGGGGUCCUAAUUCAGCUUGUUUCAAUGACCAAAAACAAAAAUAUGUUAACAUAUCAGGAACUUACAUUGAUGAGAAGAAACCAUCUUGUCAUAAAGCCUUUCAGUGUCCUGUUGAAGGUGGACCAUUACAUAUAGAGCAACAAGUGGGAAAUGGAAAUGUUUUAAUCGAUAUACAAUGUCCAAAGUGCACGUCACUGUGUAAGGAAUAUUGUCCAAAGUAA